AUGGCGGUGUGCUUGCAGACACAGCAGUUUGAGGCGAAGCUGAAGAAGGCGGUUCAAGAAGUGAAGUUGAUCUUGGACUCCCAGAGGACUGCCCAAGUCCCAUCUGCCGUUCAUCACGAGUACCAGGACAAGUUUCACUUGGUGGAGAAAGUGUCGCAGCUGACCCUGGCCUCACAGGUGAAUUGCUUGAGCACCUUGGGACUCAGGGACGACGCUUUGGCCCAAGCCUGUCGCCGGGCGCACGAGGGAGCGCAGGUGUCCUUGCGCUUCAAGUCGCAGGAGAAGUGCAGCUUCCUACGUGAGGAGACGCGGCAAGAGGAGGACCCGCGAAAGGUGGUGAAUGAGGUCUCCAUGGGUGGUCUCUCGAUGGGCAUCACCAGCAAGACGGUCACCAAAGUGACAGAGUUCUUCUGGAAGCUUGAAGUGAGCUACGAGCUGGAGGUCUACCGCGGCGUGGGCGCGGAGUCCUCCGAUCGGCUGCAGCUUCUGGCGCGACCGGCCGAGGAGGAGUUGAAGACGAGCAGCAAGGUGUUGCCUCACCCGGAGUCCAACGUCGCCUGCCGGCAGGAGGUUAACAUCACCUGCCUUCUCCGGCACCUCAACGGCGAGUCUUCUUCCAUGCGCUCACCGACCUUCCGCAUUGACCGGGGCACGCAAAGCUGCAAGUCUCCUCGUCGAAACGCAGAGGUGGAGGAGCUGGUCGCAUAUUUCACGCAGCUGGCACAGUGGGCUGCUCGUGUGGGCCAUUACCUGGUCGAGCUGCAAGGCAAGGUGGCCCAGGGCAAGCCGCCGCCCAGCACCUACGGAGGGGCCUUGCUCGUCCCCUCGUUGCCGCUGUUUGCGAAGGGUGCUGCAGCAGACCAUGGCAGUGCUGCCACUGGAGAGCUGGUGGUGCUGGGCGAGGACGCCGAGACGAAAGGCGAAAGCCCCACGUUGGCGGCUUCUGAGUGCAACCUUCUCCUCUCUGAAGAAGCCCGGAGGCUGGCUGAGAAGCGACAGAACAUCAUUGAGACCAUUCCAGAUCGUGGUGUUUUCACCGCGGCUGAAGCAUAUUUAGCUGUGUGCCUUGCACAUUGCAACGAUGUCCUUCUGCACUGGAACGAGUCCAUGGCCUACGUGGAACAACUGCUGCGCGACCAACUCAUCGCUGCCAUCGGUAAGGAAGUGACUCCAGAGGACUUCGGAGCCUACAUGCGCUUCCACUACCGGAAGCUCUUCCUCGACGCCUAUCAACCACAGCCCUUCAGCUUCGCCGUGCGCCGCUCCGGUCGCCACGCGCCGGAGGGCAUGGUGAGCAUCGAGGAGGAGGCCAUGUCCGUCUUUGCACCGAUCAACAGUAUGGUGGCCCUUGGACGUGCUCAGCGCAUGACCUUUGCCUUGAACGCCUCCACCACGGUCUCCUUCAGCUCCAGCAUCCGGUUGCACGCGUGUUUGCUGCAUCGGUUCUCGGGGCAAAGCGGCGGUUCGCUGUCCUUGGUCUCCCGCGCGCGGCAGUUCAGCAGCUUCAUUGUUUUGGUGGGGCGAGUCCUUUCAGCGACCUCCUUCGAUCCCAAAUACGCCAUGCUGCUGCAGAACAAGGAUGAGUUGAAGAUUCCUCUGGAGAUGUCCACCAUCCCCACACCCAAAGAGUUCAAGGACGCGAUCGAGUCACUGAGCCCUGAGAUGCGCAGCUUCGCCAAGGCCUUCCGGGCGAUGCAGCUGGAGAGCACCCUGCGGCCUGGUGAUCCAGAUCAAGCCCCAACUCGAGCAGCUGCUGAAGCUACCAGAGGAGGCACUGAUGAAGGAGAUCAAACUGACCCAGGAUUUGAUGCAGCUUUUCAUCAAGUACCAGAUCCCCAGCGACCUGCUCUCGUAUUCGGAUGA